AUGUGCAUCCUUCUAACAACCUCAGCGCAUCACCAGUACCCGUUCAUCUUAAUAUCCAACCGGGAUGAGUAUUAUCGACGAGCAACGUCAAGGGCUUCCUUUAGCCACCAAAACCCCCAGAUAUUGGCUCCCUUUGACCUUGCAAAACCUACCCACGGGUCAUGGAUAGGCGUCACCAAACAAGGCAGGGUUGGGGUCUUGGUCAAUUAUCGUGACACAGUACCCAAUGACGAAUUACCCAACAAUAACAACAUUUUAUCAAGAGGCAGUAUCGUUACCGACUUUUUAACUUCUCAAUUAGCUCCUGACCAGUGGCAACGACAAUUCGCGGAAAAACACGGAGAUAUUCUCGAGAAGGUUGGAGGGUUCAGCUUUUUGUUUGGGGUAUUGGAUUUCCAAGAAACUGACUUGACCUCGUCUCCUCCUGAUAACCAUCAUGUCGACGAUCGUCACAGGAACUCCAGAUCCUCCAUAACUCCUAGACGUAUUCGAUCUCUCAAAAUCAUUUCUAAUCGUGGUGGCUCCUCAGAGAUUUUCGUGCCGUCACAGGACGAAAUUUCUCAAUUGCACACCGAUCCGAGUCUUUGUGAUUCGCCUUCAAUCAAUCAACACGCCGCCCCGAUUUCUACAAACAAUUCUAAUGACAAUAAUCUGCAAUCUCAGGAGACUAUAAAGUCAUUGACUGAUGAUCCUCCAUCGACAAUUCGUGAAAACAAAUCAUACAUUGGUCUUUCAAAUUCUCUUUUCCUUAGCCCAUGGCCAAAAGUGCUCAUUGGAGAAAAUUUGCUCACCAACCUCAUUAUCAAUUCUAGCAAUGAAAACUGGGGAGAACAAAAACUUAUCAAAGAGCUAUUCAAAUUGUUAUCCUUCAAUUGCUUCAAGAAAUCGAAACGCCCAACAAAUGAUGAUAACUUUAACGGUACAUCAACCCACGCAGAGAAUCAUGAAGAUGAUGCCUUGCCAUUCAUGGAAUCAGUUGCUGAAGAAAUGAAAUCUUCAAUUUUUAUUCCCCCAUUAAAAACUAAGUAUUAUCAUGAUCCUGCCUAUUCUAACGAUCCAUACGUUGGUGAUUAUUACGGAACAAGAACCCAGACCAUCAUUUUACUAAGGCACGAUGGCCAACUAACUUACAUUGAGAGAACUUUACAUGAACUAGACUGUGUGGAGAUUAUAAAUCCUAAUGAUCGUGAUGUGAGUUAUAGUUUCAACAUAUUCAAAGAACGGAAAAUCUUUGAAGUUACUAAAUUGGCAGGGGAACCAAUAGAACUAUCUGAUACCAACGGGAAAAGAAAUACCGUUGCUAAUGGGGAUCAUAACGGUUACAAACAUGAUUCGGUGGAUUUAGAGCCACUGGAUUUUGAUUUUAAUGAUGCUUUCGAAGAUGUGCUGAAUUAUGCCGAUGAUGAAACCAGUGUCUACAGUAGGUCGUUAAAACCAUAG